AUGAUCCAAUCCACUUAUAAUGUUAUGAAUAAGUUUGUCAAAUUCAUUGGUCCAGGUAUCCUAGUAAGCGUUGCAUAUAUGGAUCCUGGUAAUUAUUCAACUAGUGUCUCUGGUGGUGCACAAUAUAGAUAUCAAUUACUAUUCACAAUUUUCGUUUCAAAUAUAUUUGCAGUUUUAUUACAGUGUCUCUGUGUAAAGCUAGGUACCGUUACAGGAAAGGAUUUAGCUGAAAACUGUAGAGUAAAUUUACCAAGAUGGUUGAAUUAUACAAUUUAUGCAUUCGCUGAAUUAGCCAUCAUUGCAACGGAUUUAGCUGAGGUUGUGGGAACAGCUAUAGCCUUGCAAAUUUUAUUUAAUAUACCACUAAUAUGGGGUGUUAUACUGACUGUAUUAGAUGUUUUAAUCAUUUUAUUGUUUUAUAAACCAGAAGGAACUUCAUUGAAGAAAGUUAGAAUCUUCGAGAUGUUUGUAUCAUUUCUAGUAGCAUGUACAGUUAUAUGUUUCUGCUUAGAAUUGUUUAAAAUCGAUAUUCCAACAAAAAUGGAUGUCUUCAAAGGUUAUUUACCCAACAAAGUUGUAUUUGAAGAUAAACAAGCUUUAUAUAUUUCCUUAGGCAUUUUAGGGGCUACUGUUAUGCCACAUUCGUUAUAUUUGGGUUCCUCAUUAGUCAAACCAAGAUUACAUGAUUACGAUUUAAAAAAGUACGGUAAAGUAUCAUCUAGACCGAGUUUAAGUGCUAUUAAUUAUUCUUUAUCGUAUUCCUAUGCCGAAUUGAUUAUAUCAUUAUUCUUAAUCGCUACUUUUGUCAAUAGUGCAAUUUUGAUUGUAGCUGGCUCAACCUUAUAUGGCCAACCAGAUGCCGCUGACGCAGAUUUACUGUCUAUCUAUGAACUAUUGAAGUAUUAUAUCUCCCCUACUGCGGGUUUGAUUUUUGCCUUAGCUAUGUUAUUCUCCGGUCAAUCGGCUGGUAUUAUAUGUACUUUGGCUGGUCAAAUUGUUUCAGAAGGGUUUUUAGAAUGGUCAUUGCCAGCAUGGUCUGUGAGACUUUAUACCAGAAUGAUAGCUAUUGUUCCAUGUCUAAUAGUUACUUUAACAUUCGGUGAACGUGGCAUCUCAGAUAUUUUAAACUUUUCACAAGUUGUACUUUCAUUAAUAUUGCCGAUAGUUGCAGCUCCACUGAUAUAUUUUACCGCAAAUAAGAAAAUUAUGACAGUUCAAGAUGAAAACACAGACGAAAAUAUAGAUAGUACAGUUACUUCUUCUGAUGAAGCUACACCUCUAAUUAAUAAUCCACAAUAUAAAUCAGUAGACUUCAGUAAUAGCGCUCUAUUGACUAACUCUGCUGUAUUUGUUUGGGCUUUAAUUGGUGGCCUAAAUGUCUACUUGGUUUUUAGUUUUCUCUUAGGUGAAGAUAUCCAUUUUUAA